AUGCACCGCCUGCCGUCUUCCUACCCCAACACCAUGCACCACCUGCCGUCUUCCUCCCCCCAACACCAUGCACCACCUGCCGUCUUUCUCCCCCAACACCAUGCACCGCCUGCCGUCUUCCUCCCCCCAACACCAUGCACCGCCUGCCGUCUUCCUCCCCCCAACACCAUGCACCGCCUGCCGUCUUCCUCCCCCAACACCAUGCACCGCCUGCCGUCUUCCUCCCCCCAACACCAUGCACCGCCUGCCGUCUUCCUCCCCCCAACACCAUGCACCGCCUGCCGUCUUCCUCCCCCCAACACCAUGCACCGCCUGCCGUCUUCCUCCCCCCAACACCAUGCACCGCCUGCCGUCUUCCUCCCCCCAACACCAUGCACCGCCUGCCGUCUUCCUCCCCCCAACACCAUGCCCCGCCUGCCGUCUUCCUCCCCCCAACACCAUGCACCGCCUGCCGUCUUCCUCCCCCCAACACCAUGCCCCGCCUGCCGUCUUCCUCCCCCCAACACCAUGCACCGCCUGCCGUCUUCCUCCCCCCAACACCAUGCCCCGCCUGCCGUCUUCCUCCCCCCAACACCAUGCACCGCCUGCCGUCUUCCUCCCCCCAACACCAUGCACCGCCUGCCGUCUUCCUCCCCCCAAGACCAUGCACCGCCUGCCGUCUUCCUCCCCCCAACACCAUGCACCGCCUGCCGUCUUCCUCCCCCCAAGACCAUGCACCGCCUGCCGUCUUCCUCCCCCCAACACCAUGCACCGCCUGCCGUCUUCCUCCCCCCAACACCAUGCACCACCUGCCGUCUUCCUCCCCCCAAACUCAAUGGAACAGUCACAUUUAACACACAGUAA